CUGUCUUUCUUGUGGAGAGGCUAGCACCACGUGUUCGCGUACACUGAAACGUAGAAGAAGAAGGAGCGUUCGGAAGCAUGCUCGCCACGCGCCCCCGCCGUUCCAGCGAGAGAAUCCGGGGCACCGUAGCCGGCGCCCCGCCGCUGCCGUUGCCGCCGGCCGCACCGGCCGUGCCAAAAUUCCGCGCGGCGAGAACAAAAUUGGCCGACCAUGCUGUCCACGCUGCAGCUGGUGUGCUUGGUGGCGUUCGCGCUGUACCUGCUGUACUACUUUACGUACGUGGUGCGCAAGCCGUGGGUCAUCUGCGGCUCGGCAAACAUGCGCACCUUCCUGCGUGUCAACUGCGGCCCGUUGAUCGAGAACCACUUCUGGCCGCCCAUCUGGUGCAUAGGGGCAAACGUCCAGAGCCUCGUCAGCCUCGUCUGCCAGCGCUUCAUGCCGCUGCUGCCUCUGCGGCGGCAGGUGUUGACGCUUUCGGACGGCGGGACGGUGGCGCUCGACUGGAUCAACGAGCACUACCCGCCGCCGGUGGUGCUCUUCCUGACGGGCCUGUCCAGCGGCAGCCAGGUGUACUACCUGCGCACGCUGGUGCCCAUGGUGGCGCAGAUGCGUUGCCCCUGCGUGGUGCUCAACAACCGCGGCCAGGGCGGGCUGCCCCUCAACAACUACAGGCUCGUCUCCGCGCUCAGCACCGGCGACCUCGCCGAGGUAGUGGCGGCAGUGCGCCGUCGCUUCCAGGGCGGCGCGGUGCUGGCCGUCGGCUACUCGAUGGGCGGCAUGCUGCUCAGCCACUACCUGCUGCAGGCCGGCGACGCGGCCCAGAUCGACGCCGGCCUGUCCAUAUCGGCGCCUUUCCAUCUGCGCACCAGCUACGACAACCUGAUGAGCUGGUCCUCGACAUUCUUCGUCAACUUGUACCUCGCCCACUGCCUCAUGAGCCUCGUCAAGAAGAACGCCGACAUCAUGGGCGCCACCGACGUGAUCGACGUGAACCGGCUGCUGCAGUCUCGCACGCUCUACGACUUCGACAACCGCUACACGGCGCCGGUGUUCGGAUUUCGGGACGCCAUGGAGUUCUACGCGUUCGCCAGUCUCAAUGGCAAGCUGUCGAAGGUGCGGCGCCCGUUGCUAUACCUGGUGGCGGCCGACGACGUCUUCGGCUCGCUGAAGACGCUGCCGGCGGCCGAAAUCGAGCAGUCUCCCUGGCUGUCCGCGAUCGUCACCCCGCGCGGCGGCCACUUGGGCUUCGUCGACGGCUGGCUGUGGCCCCGAUUGCCCUUCUACUCGGAGCGCGUCGCGGCCGCGUACGUGCGCGGCCUGCUGGCACUCGCCAGGGGUCCCCUGGGACUGAAGGCGCUGCACGCGCUCGUCGACAGCAGCGUUCACUCGAGCUCGCUGUUCCAGCCGGCCAGAGAGAAGCUGAUGGCGACGUCCAUUAUGCCGCGACCGGAGGACGAUGAAGUCGCUGUUGCGGCGACGCCGUCAGGCGAGAACAAACGCAACCAAGAUAUUCUGCGAACAAUGAUGAUCGUGUGACGCGAUCCUGGACGAUGUCUCGACCACCGCGGCGGCGACGGCGGCGCUUGCACGACCCGGACCUGGCGUAUACCGCCUAUCCUGCGCCGCAACAACUCGUGUUGAAUGUGGAAACGACAUGCAGGUUCGAGGCUUCGCUCGGUUGAUUCGAAUAUGCCACGCUCAUUGAGAAUUAAAUCGAUCGAAAUUCGGUACUGGCGCAGCGCUAAGUGUUUAUUGGAGUCUCACUCUAUUGCCAGUGCCGUGGUAACAGAAGAGCAACGCACUCUGCUGUGUGCUAAUUCAUGCAGCUCAAUUGGAUUAUCCGAACGACGCAUGGUUGUUCCGCUAUAUCAAGUCGUCCGCUUAGAGCUGUAUAGUUUCAAAGUAUAUUUGUACCGGAUGCUUCCGCCGAAAGUAUCGUAAGAACUCCUUAUAUAUAGUGUGGCAGCACAAACGGCACUUUUCUCGAUACACUUUUUUAUGCACGGCAGCGAAAGCCAGCAGCGAAGUGUGCGGCGACGGCAAACGAUCGAGCCAUAGUGAACUAAAAGUAAUCGCCCUCUUGAUCGCUUAGUACGCGGUACAGUCGCAGAAGUGAGCGGCUCGCGUGCUCAACACAUGGCCAUUUCGACGACGCCGUAAUUUCCCAAUGCCGAACCAGGAAAUGGAAUAUCUCGAAAUAUACGUCCCCGCCAGUUCAUGGCGGGGACAGAGGUCCCCGCCCGAAGUUCACGGAAUGAAAGGAAGGCUGCAAAUUCUGCGGCGUUUUUGGUUGCAAGUGACUGAUAAGCGAUAGCGAUAUCCACGGUCCAGUUUUCGUUCAGCUCACUCAUUUGAACCACGGACGGCCAUGUCUAAGUCGUGUGCCAGUCUGAGCGUCUAUCGAGCAGUCGUCCAUCGAAUGCGAGGUCCACUGCGAUUUGCUCUAUAAUUGAGUCUUUGACUCAGUGAUUGAAUCCGCGUGGCCGAAACGUUUUCCCUUGUAUUCACAUAUUACACGGAAGCGGCGGCGCCUCCAGACACAUUUAGUCAGUUUAUUUGUUUUGCAGCGUCAUCAAAUAUUUUCAUAAUGGUUUGCCGAAAGAGCACCCGUGCGCUAGUGUGCUAAACCUAGUUGAGAGCAGACAUUUCGUUCUAAGCUGGAACUGCGUGACGAUCGUACCCUCUACACCCUUUUAUAAGUGAUAAGACGUAACAAAAUACUCUGGGGAAAACAGCGGAAGUGAAAAAUGUCAUGCUUUUUCAAAUUUAACGAAGUUAAAUAAACACUUC